GUGGUAGCCGUGCCAGCGUGGGGGUGAUGCAAUGGUGGAGAGCGAGGAGCGGAGGGAGGCAAAACAGUUUCCAGGAACUUCUCCUUGUUGUUGCUGCUGUUUUGAAUCUACAAGCCAAAGAAUUGGAUAAAUUUAGUUGUAACUAAACAGAUCUUUGUGCAGUCUGGCACAAUGGCUGAUAGUCUGAACUGUGAUUUGAAGUCUCUGAGUCCUCUUCAGCUGUUUGAAAGAGUAACUGAACAAGGAGAGAAAGUCAGAGCAUUGAAAGCAGGAAAAGCACCAAAGGAUGAAAUUGAUGCAGCAGUAAGGAUGCUAUUAUCAUUAAAACUGUCAUAUAAAACAACAACAGGACAAGAUUAUCAGGCAGGCUUGCCUCCAAAAGAUCUUGUAUUAAUAAACAAUGGUACAACUAAAGAAGAGGAUGAGGAUUUGGUAGAUCCCUGGAAUGUGCAGACGUCGAACGCUAAAGGCGUGGAUUAUGACAAGCUCAUAGUUCGAUUUGGCAGCAGUAAAAUCGACACAGAUCUGAUCAAUCGAAUAGAAAGAGCUACUGGGCAAAAACCUCACCACUUUCUACGUAGAGGAAUCUUUUUUUCUCACAGAGAUAUGGACCAAAUACUUGAUGCUUAUGAAAAUAAGAAGUCCUUUUACCUCUAUACAGGCAGAGGGCCAUCCUCUCAGGCAAUGCAUGUUGGUCAUCUUAUCCCAUUUAUGUUCACAAAGUGGCUGCAAGAAGUAUUUGAUGUUCCCUUAGUUAUACAGUUAACUGAUGAUGAGAAAUAUCUUUGGAAGGACAUGACAGUUGAGAAAGCAUAUGAAUAUGCUAAAGAAAAUGCAAAAGACAUCAUUGCAUGUGGUUUUGACGUCAAUAAAACCUUUAUAUUUUCGGAUUUAGACUAUUUAGGGACAAGUCCUGGAUUCUACAAAAACAUUGUCAAGGUUCAGAAGCAUGUUACCUUUAACCAAGUGAAAGGAAUCUUUGGCUUUACAGACAGUGAUUGCAUUGGUAAGAUCAGCUUUCCUGCUAUUCAAGCUGCCCCAUCCUUCAGUUCAUCAUUUCCACAGAUCUUCAGUGGCAAGGAGAACAUUCAGUGUCUUAUCCCAUGUGCUAUCGAUCAGGAUCCUUAUUUUAGGAUGACACGGGAUGUAGCACCUAGAAUUGGACAGCCUAAACCAGCCUUACUUCACUCAGUCUUCUUCCCAGCCUUACAAGGAGCCCAGACCAAAAUGAGUGCUAGUGACCCAAACUCCUCCAUCUUCCUCACUGAUACGCCCAAACAAAUCAAGACAAAGAUUAACAAACAUGCCUUCUCUGGAGGCAGAGAUACUAUUGAGGAGCACAGGAAGUACGGAGGGAACUGUGACGUUGACGUGUCUUUUAUGUACCUGACAUUCUUCCUGGAAGAUGAUGACAGGCUCGAACAACUGAAGCAGGCCUACACCAGUGGGGAAUUGCUCACAGGGGAGCUGAAGAAGGUACUUAUUGAAACAAUGCAGCCCUUGAUAGCAGCUCAUCAAGAAAGAAGGAAGCAGGUCACAGAUGAAGUUGUGAAGCAAUUCAUGACUCCACGGAAGCUAGCCUUUGAAUUUUGAAGAAGUGUGUAUGUAAUUUAGCACUUGAUAAUGCAAAACCAAGUAAUUGUUGUCUUCUGUUGUAUGUCAUGACCCUCUAGUUAUGUACAGCCUGUAAUCAGUGUUAUAAAUAGUGCUUUUAAUGAGUUAAUUAUCAUGAACAGCAAGGUGCAGAAAAGGUUUAAAAUUGUAUCUAUUUAAAAUCAGAAUAUAUAAGACAGAAUUGAUCAGUCUUGCAGAAAAGCAUGUAUGUCAGCACAGCAUUGUAUUUAAAUGUAUUUCAUGUUGAAAAUAUAAAUAAAAUUUCCAUUUGAUGAUAAAGGCUAACUUGGAAAUUGUUUUAAAUAUGUUAGUAAGAGGUCAUAUCUCAAACCAAUAAGUAGUAGCUCCGUUUUCUUUUGUACUGUGUACCUUGGUUUACUAGACUGCAUGUUCUUUUGGGCUACUGGGAACAUGCUGCACACAAAAAGCUAGUUAGUGUUACAAAGUGGGACAUCUGUGAGUUGAACACAGGA